CAUUCUCUUUCUAUCCCUCUCUAACACAAUUUUAAAAGAGAAUCAAAAGCUCAGUUUAGUAGAAUUUAUGGAUAACCAGAGCAAUGCUCUUCUUGGCUGGCCUUACUAUUCUCAUGGAAAGACUACAGAAGAAUUAAGACACUCUCUUCUGUGCACAACACUAGAUCUCGAACAAACAAAGAUGUUUGCUCAUGAGGAAAUAAGGAAAAGGGAUGAACAACUGAUCCAGCUCAAAGACAUCUUAACCAAAACCAUUAAAGAAAGAGACGAAGCUCUCCAGAAAUGUGAGCGUCUCAUGUCCGAUAACCUCACGCGUCCACAACACCAGCAGCAAAAGCAUAUGACUCCUCCUUUAUCAGGAGCUUCAAGCAUUGAAGAUGAAACAUUGCAUCCUCAACAAUUUACAUCCAACAAGAGUUUCUCAUCCUCGGAUUGUGAAGAGAGCUUUAUGUCACCAAAUGAUCAUGUCAUGAACCCACACUCAUCUCAGCUUGAAGAAGUAUCAGGAAAUGAGAUUAUGGAUCCAAUGUUUCCAGACAAGCCAUUGCCUGAAAAGGGCAAGCUCUUACAAGCUGUUAUGAAGGCAGGGCCAUUACUUCAGACACUGCUCUUAGCCGGUCCACUACCUCAAUGGCAACACCCACCACCGCUUCUCAAGACUUUCGAGAUCCCUCUAGUCACCAUCCAGUGCCCAAAUGUCAACAAUGGCUGUGGAAAGUUCAACAGAAAGAGAGUAUUAUUCUCAGAUGGGUCGUAUUCAAAAACUAAGUAUCAGAAAGUUCUUCUCCACUAACCGACACAGUUCUGGCUGCUGCUGAUCUUGAUUCUUACUCAAGUAGUACUAUUAGACAUCUAAUAUACCAUCACAUAGGUCAAUUUCAGGGUUUUAAUCUCACUUAGUGCCUUAGUGGGUCAAGUGAGAGUGGUCUUUGUACAUUAGGGUUUUUGGUUAUGCCCCAUUGUGGGAGACAGAGUCUGAUCCAUUUAGGGUUUAGAUUUAGAGUGAUGAGAAAGAAAGACCACAAAAAAAAAACUCCCCUGGUUUUAUUUAAUACUAUGUGAGAGUUUGCUAUUUUUAUUUAUUUCUAUAGGGAUGCUGGCUGUGGUUUUGUUUUUUUUUGAGUGUUGUAUCUCAAAUGCAUUUUCACACUCAUGUGUUGGCUCCAUGAUGUGUUGAACUAGGGUUUCUAUGUUUUCUUCUUUUUAUGCUCAAGGUUUUUCCAUCUACCACCGGUUGGUGGAGAUGGAUAUUAUGUUGUGUCUAAAGCUCAAGACUUUAGCUUCACUGAUUUUCUCUCUCUUCUAAAUGUGAUGUUAUGUUUCUGGUUUCAUAAUGUAAUCAGUUUUCUCUA